UUUCUCUCGCAACGGUGAAGCCAAACCCCAAGCUCUAUAAUACACAGACAUGGACCACGACGUCACAUCUUUGGAGUGCCUGAUGAAAUUGGAUUCCCAAUCAGAGGUGCUCGAUAAGGAUGGCGGCCGAAAGGACCUUUUCUCGCCAGUUAUGGUUCCCUCCAACUGCAAUACGCCAAUAAUCGAUAACAAAGUUGAAGAACCAAAGACUACAAUAUUGGAUGAAGACCUUGAGACUUAUUUUUCUCUGCACUGGGGCCCUCCUAGUCCUACUCGUACUGGUAGCAAAGAUGAAGAACCAAAGAUUGAAGAGCUAAUGGAUGAAGAACUAGAGACUGAAGAACUAAUGGACGAAAUUGGUGAAUGUAAGUAUUGUUUAAAAGUGGGUAAACACUAUACGGUACUAUGCCCUUAUAGGUAUCAUCUCCCAAAGAAUGCAACUCUCGGCAGAGGUGUUGAGGUAACUUGUAAGAUUUGCGGAUGCCUCUUUAGAGGCUCCUGUUGUGCCAGUUGUGGCCUAAGCGAAGGACAAGCAAUUCUCAAGGAUUGUUCAAUCUGUGGGAAGCAAGGUGAACACUGGCCUUCUACUUGCCCGAGCCGCGAGGGGAGACAUAUUCCUUCUGCUUUUACUUGCGACGAUUAUACUGGUUAUUUUUCUGUCAACAUUUGUCCUUAGAAAUAGUAGAGAAUGAAGAGUUAAUGGUACCUUGGAGUUUAAGUAAAAGGUUGAAUUUUAUUAAAUGUUAAUUACAAUUUAAAAAAUAAUUAGAAUUUUUAUUUUUA